AUGAGAGCAGUCCACAUUGAAGCUGUGUUCGGGUACGAUACCGAUUCAUUCCUAAUGGCCCUCAGCAGAUUCGUCAGCGUUCGUGGUUGGCCCGAAAUCAUAUAUAGUGAUCCCGGAUCACAACUAAUUGGUGCGGAAAGAGAACUCACGGAAACCUGGAAGAACAUUGACCGACAAUCCCUACAUAAAAGUGGCACAGAGAAUGGAUUGACCUGGAUCUUCGGCCCCGCUGAUAGUCCUUGGUACCAAGGAGCUGUAGAAUCCCUGGUGAAGAGUGCCAAGAGAGCUAUUCAUUUCGCAAUCAAUAACCAACGUCUUUCAGUCCAAGAGUUCAUGACGGUGUGUAGCGAAGCCACGAACCUCCUCAAUGAAAGACCUAUCGGAACCCUCCCGAGCGCUGAUUCCGAAUUAAACAUCCUUACUCCCAACAGUUUGUUACUGGGCAGAGCAACGGCGAAGAAUCCUGGUGGAUGGCAGCCUAACGGUAAUAAUCCAUGA